AUGUUCGGUAAGAAUCCUUUAAUGAAUAGGAGUUUUAAUGAUGAAAAUGAUGAAACCUAAACAUUGUAGGAAGAAAUAAUGGAUGAUUAUUCUCCUACAAAAUAAGGUUUAAUUAUAGUAAUAUUUAGAAAUUCGGGAAUAUGCACUUCAUUUGGGAAUGAAAUUACCAGAAGAUAAUUAAUAUUUAGAUAUUGCGAAAGCUGGUUUAAAAGCUAAAUUACCAGAGGAAUGGAAGAUUUGUUCUAAGAAGGUAAAUGGGGAAGAGUUGGUUUUCUAUAAAAACAGGGAAACUUAAGAAAUCCUUUAUGAUCAUCCUUGUGAUUAAAUAUAUGCAAGAAAGUAUGAGGAAGCAAAAUAAAUUGAUACUUAAAAUUAGAAAAAAAAAGUAUUUUAUAAUAUACAGUAGAGAAAUCAACAGGAAUUAAUAAGUUCAAAAAGGAUAUAGAAAAGUAUAGAGAACCAAAUUCUUUGGAUGCAAAUGAGGAAGCUGAAUCAUUUAUGAUGGAUUCUAAUGUUUAUUACGAGAAUAGGUAGAAUUAAGGUUAUGUGUUGUAAAAUCCAAUUUAAAAUACAGCCACAUAAAGUUUAUUAGUUUAAGUUGAUUAGGAAUAUGCAAAAUAAGUAUAAGAUUAUGAGGAUGAAAAGAAGAAAGCUGUUAUAAAGUUAAAGGAGGAUAACAAAUAAAAGUUAAAUAAAAUGGAAUUGAUUUUAAUGAAUGAAGCAGAUCCAGAGUUAUUUGAAUUAAAGGAAGAAUAUGAAAAAUAAAAAGAUAAUUUAACUAAGAGUGAAGAAGAUAAAAAGAAGAAAAUUAAAAGAAAGGUCGAACAGGAUAUUGAAUAGAAUAUAUAAAAUUAAAAGAAUUAAAUGAAAAAAUAAUUAGAACGUAAUUUAGAGAAUUAUUAAUAUGAAUAAGAGAAAACUAUAAAAAAUAAAUUAAGAAUUCUUGAGUAAGAACUUUAAGGAUAAUAAAAAGAUAUUGUUAGAAGAAUUAAUUAAAGAUAGAAAGAACUUUCUGAUUCUGAUUCUAAAUGGAUGAAAUAAAUUUAAGAUAAGAAAAAAAAUGUAGAAAAUUAGUUUAAUAAAUACAAAAAAGAAUUGACUUAAGAAAUUUAUGUAAAGAUGUAAUAAAUAGAAUAAGAAAAUAUGAAAAGAUUAAGAUAAGAAUAAGAGGGAAUAAAGAGAAAAUUGAUUACUUAAUUUGAUUAAACUAAAAGAGAAUAUAAAUUCGAAUUAAUAGAUUUAUAAGAAGAAAACUAGAGAAUGGUUAGAUCAAUAAAGGAGGAGAUAAAAAGUCAAUAUGAUCCUAAAUUUAAUUAAAUCUAAUAAGAAUUUACUGAUUAAUUGUAAAAUAUUGAAUUAAGUGAAUCCAAAGUGUUAUAAUCAUAAAUUUAUGAUUAUAGAAAUUUAGAUAUUGAAUAAAGAAAGUAAGAAAAUAUAAAGAAAAUUACUUAAUAGAAGGAGAAAUUAAUAUAACAAAUAUAAAAUUAAAUUAUAAAUUUUGAUAGAUAAACAAGUGAGAAAUAUUAAGAAAUGAAAAGAAAAUUGGAGGAAACAUAAAGAUUAAAAUUAGAGAAGAUAUAAAAAGAUUAUGAAAAGAAGACAGGUAAAAUUUUAGGAAAUGGAAAAGAGAUAGAUUUAUGUAUGGAGAUUAAUCAAACAAAAAGUUUAAUUCAUGAAUUGAAAGAAGAAAUAAAAUAAUUUAAGAGAAAAAAGAUGGAAAUAUAAGAGAAAUUGACAAGUAUGAAUAUAGUAGUUUUAAAAUAUGAUUUAUAAAAUGAAUUGAAAUAAAAAGAUGUAAUAAAAUAUGAUUUAGAUCGUUUACAAUAUUUAGUUGAAUAAUACAAAUAGGAUGAUAAAAUAGCAGAUAAGGAAUUAGAAUUAUUAGAAUAGAAUUAUUAAUAGAUGAUAAGAAAACAUUAAGAAUUUCAAUAGAGAUAAUAAACAAUGUAAAAUAUGAUUUAAAGUGUUAAUGAAUUAAGGGAAUAAUUGGCAGUAAAUUAAAGUAAUGAUAAUUCAAAGUUUUAAAGCAAUUUAUUUAAAUAAGUAGGGCCAAAGAAUUUUGGAACUGAAAUAAAUAUAUAAAAUAAUCUAUCCAUGAAUUAAAGUGUUGUAAUUGAAGAGAAUGCAGUAUAAAUGUAUAAUAUUUGCUUAGAUUUAGGCGUAAAUGGAAAUUAAUUCUUUUGGACGAGAGAGUUGCUUUUAAUAGAGAAUAAGAAUAAUAUAAAAAUGAUAAAGAGAAAAUUAAGUAAAUGAGAAGAAAAUUAUAAGUAGAUACUGAACAAUUAAAAUUAUAAAUAGAAAUGGCUUAAUAAUUUGAUUAGAAUAAUAUGAAAAAAGAUUUAAUAAAAAAACUUAAAUUAGAAAUCAAAGAAUAAUAGUUAAAGAUUUCAGAUGAUACUGAAAAAUCAAAUAAUUGGAGAUAGAUUUUAAAAUAGAAAUCUAAAAUUUUAGAUUAAAUGGAAUUAAAUUUAAAUGAUAUAAAUCCUUAACCUGAAUUAUUACAUUCUCUAGAACAAUUAUAUCUACUAUAUAGUAAGAUAGGUGAAAUGGAAAUUGGUGAAGAUACUGAAUAAUAAUAAGUCUCGAAAGAUAAUGAAAGCUAUUUUAAUUAAAUCAAAAUCAUAUCAGAAGAGCCAUCAUAACUAUAAGAAACAUAAUAAUAGCAUUAUGAAACAGUUAUACCAUUUGAAGGACCAAAAGUAUUGAAUUUUGAAUAACCAGAAAAAUUAACAAAGUAUAGAAUGUAAUUAAUACAACAAAAAGAUUGGUUUUAAAAUUAUAAGUAUAGGGUAAUAAUUUAGUUAUAUUUUAGGUUCUUGCCACUAAUCCGUAUAAUAUAGAUUCGAGAGAGAGAUUUUAAAGAUACUAAUAAUUUCUACAUUGCAAAGUAUGA